CCGGAACAAAUGUCAGACAAGAUAAUGAGGUAAAAAAUAAUGAAAAAUAUUCAUUAAGAAGUGCAUUUAUAACUUAAAAUGAUUCGCAUUUGCCAAAGAAACGCGUCUUUACACAUAAAAUGUUUAAUUAAACCUCCAUUAUUUGAAGGGUCUUCAAUAAAAUCAGCGAUCAUAAGCGUACAUGGAUUAAACUCUAGCAGGAAUUUUGCUAGCAAAGUAAACCAAGAAAACGAACUAGAACGCAUAUAUUAUGGACCGCUUACGCCGCAAAUAAAAGCUGUUAAGAUAUUUUCAGUUAGUUCAAGUGCGGCAGGGUUAGCAGCUCAACCUAUAAUAAUACGCGAAGCAACAACUAUCGGCAGCACGUCUCUACUAGUAGCAUUAUGUUCAGUCGUUGGAUUUUUCACCUUUAUUACACCUUUAUUAUUGCAUCUCAUUACGAAAAAAUAUGUGACCGAAAUUCACUAUGAUCCUAAUACUUUAACCUACAAAGCUACAACUAUAAAUUUCUUUUUGGCAUCUGUACAAUUGAAUUUUAAAGCAGAAGAUGUGGUCGUACCUGAUAUCCCAGGAAUGUUUACCACCAUGGUAGCCAAGGGCAAGCCUCUGUUCAUUGAGGCAAGACACUUCACAGAUCCCCUUUAUUAUGCUAAAAUAAUGGGAUAUGAUAAACCCUUAGAUUUUAAACUUGGAGUAAACAAAGAUGAUGACGAUAAAACUAGUUAGACUUCAUAUUAUUAUUGAGUUAGUUAAUAGAGUAAUAAACAUUAUAAAUUGUU